UCCUUUGGCAAGCCACGGAUUUCUGACUAAAUCGCCGAACAAAGGAAUCAAUUCAACACUAGCCGGUCCAGGUGUUUGUUAUCCACUUGACCUGAAUUACAUGACAUGCAGAAACCUGGGGCUGAAGCACGAUAUCCCCAGGAUGAUCGCCGUGGGUACCUGUUAAUCUUUUAUAAAAGGUCCCUUCACGGUCCUGUAGUCUAGAGUAGGACACCAGCGAACAGAAUCGUCUCCGCCUUCAAGCAUCACUCGAUAUGCUCACCAAGCGCUUCUCCGCAGUCUUGCUCUCCGGCCUCUGCCUCACGGCCCAGGCGACUCAGCUAUGGUCCAACAAGGGCUACAGAAGCGGCUGUGACAGCUUCAACAUCGACAACACAGGCACCGGCGCGGUACUCGAGUCGACCAGCGAGUUUCUGGAAUCCCCGCAGUCUCUCAAGGCUCAGCAGACGUACAACAGCAACUGGGGCGGCCGCUACCAUGCCGAGUGCGUCCACAACGAUGGAUACAAGCGCGGCGACGAGCGAUUCUACAGCUUCUCGUUCCGCCUCCAACAGAACUGGGACUUCCAGGGUGCACAGAGCUACAACCUGGCACAGUUCAUUGCUCAGUUAAACAACAAAUGCGAUGACUGGAAGCCCGCUGCCAUGCUCGGAAUCAGAGGCAAUCAGUUCUACGCCCGCAGAACGUUCGGCAACAUUGAGGCCGAUUCAGACUGCAAGAACGAGAACGUAUACCACGAGGGACUGGCCACUGUCACCGCCGGCGUCUGGCACACCGUCAUCAUCCAAGCCAAAUGGGCGUCUGACAACACUGGCUACUACAAGGUCUGGUACGAUGGCACAAAAGUGGUGAACGACCUUGGGAAACCAUCGACACUGAAUGACAAUGGAAACCGUCAGUUUCGAUUCCAGGUUGGUCUCUAUGCCAAUCAGUGGUUCGAUAGCAACAACCAGGCCCCCCCAGGCGGUCAGAACUUUAGACAGGUUUGGAUUGACGAGCUGGCUAUUGGGACGACAUAUGCGGACGUCGAUCCUGCCCAAUGGGCUCGCAAAGGCAAGAGCCGCGUCAUGCGUGCCAUGAUUGAUGAAGAAUAGGCUCGUCUGCUGGAAUGCUUUCAUUGUCGAAGACGGGAUAUACAAUUGAAGCUCUACCCUCUUUUACGGAAGAUAUUUGUGGCUGUAGCUCCAAUGAUGAUUGGAUAUCCUAUUCGAGCUUUCAAUACGUAUAAAUGACAUCAAGAAGUUGUUACAGCA